AUGGCGGGAGCCGAAGACUUCGUCUGGCCCGGGGCGGACGUCCAGGCGAACGAGCCCAGUGCCCCGAGCGCCCCGGCGGAGGCACCCACUGCCGGUGCGCCGACGGCACCUGGCGUGGUGCCCCCGAUGCUUCCGGGCAUGAUGAUGCCCGGGAUGCUGCCGGGGAUGGCAAUGCCAGGCAUGAUGCCCGGAAUGCUGCCAGGUGCCAACCCGAUGCUCUUGGCAUCCAUGAUGAUGCCCAAUCCCAUGAUGGCUAUGAUGAUGGGUGGUGUCGGGGGUGCCGCAGGCCUGGCAGCAGCAGGAGAGAAGAAAGAAGAGCCAAGCAAAGUGGAGUCGCCUAUUGACAGCCGGGUCAGGGAGCUUUGUCGCGAUUAUGGCAUCGAGGACCGGCUCAUGCGAAAGCUGAACGACGUCAUGAUGAGGCGGCCGGACACUUUCGAGGAAGACUUGAACACCGUCCGGUCCCGGCUCUCCAAGGAGCGGCCCGACAUCGGCGUGCUGAUCACUCAGCUGGACCGGGGCAUCUUCGUCACGCGAUCCAACAUCCACCCGGACAUGAUGGCGGUGGUAAACAAGUACAAGCUAGAUGACCGAGCGACUCAGCGCUUGGUGGAAAGCAUGAGGAAGAGGAAAAAGACGAUGCAGGAGGACUUGAAAGCCAUUGAUACUCGCUUGGCGAGUGCUGAAAGACCUUCUGGAUUGCUCAUGACACUCCUCCAGGGCUUGGACACGAUGGGAAAGCUUCCCGUGGCCCCAAAGUCGCUGGGGCUGCCAGGAUCGAGACAAAAAGCGCUCAAGAUCCAGGUCCAGAAGGAGAAAGUGACCCGCGUCGCGAGGGAAGUGCUCCCGCUGCGAAGACGGAGCCUAGGUCACAGCAUGUCACAGCCGUCAGUAGGCACGGAGGCCGAGGACUCGAGCGCUAGGCACCCGGCGACGGAGGCCUCCACCAGCGAGGCUGAGGUCUUGGCUCGACAUGAGGCCGUGCUUUUACUCCAGGCAGCGAGGCAACUGCUCGAAGACGAGGAGCUGCAGGAGAACUUGGCAGGCACCGACGAUCUUUGCGGCGGGGUCCUGGCCGGCUGGCGGCCGCCCUGGCUGGAGCAGGGUGUCAAGGGCAUGGACUUCAAUGAGAACAUGCUGCACGACUCGGCCACUCCUGUGCAACACUGGGCUGCAGCGCUGGGUGAGGUCAUCCACGAGCUCUGGCAGUGUGCCAGGGAGGCUGGCAUCGUCCUGGAAAAUUGUGACCGCCAGCCAUGCUUUGCUGUCGUCCUUCCGAGCACUGCCGGGUCACGGGAUGUGAUAGAAAAGCUGGUGAGGCUUGGCGGGGGCGAGGUGCUGUGGCCGCAAGGCCAGCAGUCGAGAUCGGUGCUGCCCUUUUGCAGGCUCAUCCACUUGGCCGGGGCAUCCAAGAGAUUUGCAUGCAGCGAUGCUGUCGACGGAAGCCCGAAAUCUCCGAACAUCACGGAUGCCAGGGAGCGGACGUCGCAGGAGCUGGACGGUGCUGCUCCGGCUGCCUCCGACGAAUUGCUGAGGAAGCAAGCUCUGAUGGCAGUGCUUGGUGCAACUCCCGCCGUUGCGGUCUUUGCGCAUGAGAAAGGAAAGCCAGAAGCCCCCCUGCCGGAGCCAGAGCGGUCAGAGCCGGAGCGGCCGGAGCACCCGGAGCACCCGGAGGAAGCGAUCCGACCGAUGCCGGCGUGUGCCGGGGAGUUUCAGGCGGCCUUACCGUCUGCGGCUCCGGGAGGGAGCCUCCCUUCGGAGAUCCGGUUCCUCCAUCUCAGCGUGCUCCAGGAGGUUACAGAUUCGCACGGCGAAGCUCCCGCAUUGAUCCUGGCAGUCAUGAAGUUGCUGGGCCAGGAAGAGAUCUGGCAGAGAUUUACUGCCCUGGAUGCCUUCUGUGAUGGCCUGCUGUCGCAGUGGGAGCCGCCUUGGGUCUCAGAGGAUUUGGAGGGCGAGGACCGGCGCGCUGCGCGGCAGAUGAGCCUGGAGCGGCUGGAAAGGGAAGCGGAGUCCAGAGUCCAGGAUUGGGCCAUGGCCUUGGAUGGCUUCCUGUCCUUCGUGGCGAACCUGGCCGUGGCAGCCCGGGUCCAGCACGCCUUCGAGGCUGAGGUCUGCGCCCCUCAAGCGGUGGCAGCAGGUGACGGGUGCAAAGGCACGGAUGCUGCGUCCUCAGGCGCAUCUGUGGUGUCGGUCGCGGUGCCCGUCGUGGUCGUUCCGGAGGUUUUGACCGACUGGCAUUUGGAAGUCUUUGGACCCCUGUUGCGGGCUUUCAAAAUCUUCAUGCUCUCCGAGAAGGCUUGGCGAGCAGAUUUUCACGGAGCCAGCAGCGUGCCCUUCUCCGUGGAGGCGAGCUCCAAGAUGUGCUCUGAGAGUGCCUAG